AUGGGCGGUAAUAGUCCACUGUGCUUGCAGGACUUCGUUAUACGAGACUUUAUGUUUGGAUCGAACAGGCCACCUGAACAAAUAGUUCCGCGAAAAGACGGUACUUAUAAAUUAACAAGAAAGGUGGACAUCUGGGGAUUCGGGGUAGUCGUGUACCAGAUGACAUAUGGACGGAAGCCGUUCGCCAAUUUUUGCAAUAAAACGAUGAUGGCCAUUUUGGAUCCGAAUGUGCGCCUACAACACGACAUCAACGCCGAUCCUGCCAUAACGGAGUUUUUCGAGAUGUGCACGCAACGUGAAGUGGAAAAACGGGCCUCCAUCGACCAAUUAUUCAAGCAUCGUUACCUAGCCGAGGCAGGCGCAGCAGUGCAGGAAAAACUGGGAAGUGGUCAUACAGGAACAAUGACUACCACAGGAACGGGAACCGGACCUCAACAACCGAGCACUGACGCGAGUAAUAAAGACGAUGGAAAAAGUCGAGCCGGUUUACUUACUACUACUCAGGUGGAUUCGCUCGAGAAAAAACCCACAUAA